UGACAUCACAUUGAUAAUGCUUUGUGGGGCCGCCUAGAGAUUUAAUUACGGAUCUGUGUUUGCACAUUAUAUUAUACGAACCGUUCUUCCUCGCUGUAACCCUCAUUUUAUUGAUUUUAAUGGGUCUGAUUUUCCCGUUUACUAAGAACAAAAACAUUUCUUCAUGAAAUAAACCCGCUCUCUUGUCUCUUGUCCCCGGACCAUAGCGUUGAUUCUGGAGCCAGUGUUUUUGUUUGUGAGCGAUCCUGGGACGCGCGCUCGAUCUGUCGGCAUGUUCGGAUACUCGUCUGGAGGAUUAUAAACCACCGGAAAACGGUACUGCAGUAAGUAAAUUGUGAGAGCUGAGUAUAAAAAUAAUGAUGGACCAUUUGGCUACCACUAGUAGCACCCAGGGGCCGGUCCUGUGUGAACCCUCUUAUCCUCCCUGUAAAAUGGCCCGUAUGGAGAAUUCAAGAGAUCUACCUGUACCUGGAGUCACACCUGUGAGCCUGGCCUCCAAACAAACAACACCAUCACACACUAACAGGAGGAAAGGCAGUCUGCUUCCUGUGUUCUGUCUGGUGGAGCAGAGUGAUGUCCCACCCUCAGAGAGGAAGAGGACGGAGCAUGCAGAAUUUGUUCUGUUGAAGAGAGACCUGCUGUUCAGCCAGAUUACAGAGGCUGCACUGCAAGAGCUGGGAUACACACACACCGCAGCGGCUCUGGCUACAGGUCAAGUUCAAGUUGGCCAUUGGAACCCUGUGGCUCUGUCCACUGUGACAGACACCUCUGACGCAACAGUAGGAGACAUGCUAGAAGACCUUUACCAUGUCAUCACCUUAAGAAUAAAGCUACACAGUGUUUCUAAAUUAGAGGAUUUACCUGCUGAGCAGUGGACUCAUUCUACUGUCAGAAAUGCCCUAAAGGAGCUGCUGAAAGAGAUGAAUCAGAGCACACUGGCUAAAGAGUGUCCAUUAUCUCAGAGCAUGAUUUCAUCAGUGGUAAAUGGCACAUACUACGCCAGCAUCUCUGCUGCGAGAUGUCAGGAGUUUGGCCAGUGGUACAAACACUACAAGAGGGCAAAAUCUAUGAUGGGUGACAUGAACAGGCACUGCAGCCAACCCUCAUCUUCCAGCCAGCCCACAAUGUACCAGCAACCAAUGGAAGGCAGUGGGGCGGAGUCACGUGGUGUUGUCCAGAUGCAGGCUGGAAUGCCUGGUCUAGUCAUGGCUCAGCUCCUCUCACAGCAGCAUGCCAUGUCUCAAUUUCUCACACACGCUCACACACACUCACACGGGCCUCAUCCUGCACCACUACGGACUCCUCCAAAAUGCAAUGUGUCCCCACCCACAGUAACUCAGUGUCCCUCACCUGUCACCGACGUGUCACCUGAAAUUUAUCAUUGGGUGCGUGAGGAGUUGAAGAGGGCGGGGGUUUCCCAAGCGGUGUUUGCACGAGUGGCCAUUAACAGGACUCAGGGCCUGCUGUCGGAGAUCUUGCGCAAGGAAGAAGACCCACGGUGCGCGUCUCAGUCUCUUUUAGUUAACCUUAGAGCCAUGCAGGCCUUCCUGCAACUGCCACAGAGCCAGAGGGACUCCAUCUAUCUGGAGGAAAGAGAGCGUAACCUCAACACUACCUACAACACCAAUACCAGCUCACCUCUGCCCAUUCAGGCAAAACUUUCACCUGUUUCCAAGGAGAUUGUAGUGAAAGUGGAAUGCGAUGAUUCUGGAAUCAACUACGGAAUCUAUGAUGAAAUACAACAGGAAAUGAGACGAGCCAAAGUGUCACAGGCCUUGUUUGCAAAAGUCUCUGCAGCCAAGAGUCAGGGCUGGCUGUGUGAGCUCCUGCGCUGGAAGGAGGAGCCUUCUCCUCAGAAUCGUACACUAUGGGAAAAUCUGUCUUUGAUUCGCCAGUUUCUAAAUCUCAGCCAAUCAGAGCGAGAUGUUAUAUAUGACCAAGAGAGCAAUACUGGGCAGACAUACUACUCAGAAAAACACACAAGACCCCUGACUGAACAACUGCAAGUGAUACCACAACACGUGGUGCCUCUAAAGCAGCAGCAACAACAACUACAUAAAAUUCCACCUCAGCACCAUCAACCCUUCCUCCAGCACCAUCUCAUCACUGGAGGUCUCAGAGAUUCUCAAAUGGGCCCAAAUCUUGGCGGCAGGUCGUUACCACCAGAAGCCUAUGCAAUCCUGCAGAGUUUCAUUCAGGAAGUGGGACUACAUCCAGAUCAAGAGGCCAUUCAUACACUAUCUGCUCAACUGGGUGUAGCCAAAGAGGCUGUUCUCAGCUUUUUCAAUGGUCACAACUGGCUUAGACAGGAAGAACAGGACAACUGCAGAGAAAGAGUGAUUGAGGAAAGUGAAGAUGAUUACAUGGAGGCAGAAGAAGAAUGCAGGGAUACAAUGGAAAAAGAUGAGAAGGCAAAUGAAAACAUGAUGACAGGGAAACAAGACAUUGGUGUGGUGGAGCAGAAUGCAGCUACACAAACUCGUUUUAUCAUUACUAUUAAAGAAGAGGAGGAGCUUCCAUGUAAGGAGGAGCACGAUGAUAGCCCCGCCUAUUGCCAAUUCAUAAACUCCUAAAAAUACAUACACUACAGUUUAAAAGUUUGGGGUCAUUUUGUUUGAGUAAAAGUAAUACUUUUAUUCAGCAUGGACAUAUUAAAUAGCUCAAAAGUGACACUAAAGAAAUUUAUAAUGUGACAGAAUGUUUCCAUUAAGAAAAAAACUGCCCUUUUGAACUUUCUAUUCAUCUGGAAUCCUGAAAUAAAAAUGUAUCACAGUUUUCACAACAAUAUUAAGCAGCACAACUGUUUUCAGCAUUUUAAAUGAGCAUAUUAGAAUGAUUUCUGAAGGAUCAUAUGACACUGAAGACUAAAUUCUAAUAAUAUUUCACAAUAUUGCUGUCUUUACUGUAUUUUUAAUCAAAUAAAUAAAGCCUGGGUGAGCAUAAAAACCGUAAAAAAACAUUCAAAAAUCUUUCCAACCCCAAACCUUUGAACUGUAGUGUAUUAAAUCCAAUUUAAACAAAUAAACCGCAAUGAAUUCCGGGUAAUUUAAAUGUAGCCUAUUUAUGGUUGUGCCUUUAUGCACAAGGUGUUUUGCUAAAACCUCAUACUUUGGAUGGACUAUAGAGAUGGAAUUUUGAGGAUUUCUCAACGGACAUGCCACGGAAAGCAUAAAUUAAACAUCACUGUUCUUAUUUCUAAAUAAAUGUUCUAUUAAUAUUAGGGGUGUAAAAAUGUUGAUGUCUAACAUCAAAAUGUAUUACAUAAUUUAGGAAAGAAUUGCAAUUGAAUUGUUGUUAACAAAAUAUUUACACCCCUAAAUGAAUAUGAUUUGCAAUUUUUAUAGUAGCAUUAUUUAUUGGCUGGCUCGUUUUCUGCCCAAAUCCUCAACUGUAUCUCUGCAGACAGGCAAUGUCAAUCAGUGUUAAUGGUGGCAUAUUCAGCCAGGCAGUGUUGUCUUUUAAAAGACUGUUGCUGGAGACCCUGAAACGGCGAUGUAUUAUAUGUUUAGAAGCAAACAGCACAUUACUGUAUUAUUGUCAAUAGAACAAAACACAAUAGAAACAGCACUUUGAAUUACAGUGAAUAAUUCUCUCUCUAAUGAAUUACAAUAAAUCUGUAGUGUUUGUUUUUGUU